AUUUGCCGAGACAUAUUAUUGUUACAAUGAUGUAAGGCAGGUACAAUUUGAAUGUUGAUAUAUUUGAAAAAUAGCGGUAAACAACAUCUUACUAGUAUAGGAGUACAUAUUUGUGUUAUGUUUUGGGAUCUUGGCUUUAUACACAGUUCCCAAAUAGUAUGUCUUUCCCUCUACAGUUCCCCAAAUCUCCUUUGCAUUCUUUUUCUAUCGUCUCGUCUCGUCUCGUCUCGUCUCACUCUCUUUUUACCGCCCCAUCACUUUUUUCAUUACCACUCCCUUUACUUUAUGCAUGCAGUAACUAAUUGAAAUAUCCAACUUUUUACCAUUCCAAAUUUACUUUUCACCCCUUCGUACCUGCAAAUAAAGGACAGCGUUGAAUGUCAGACCCUCUCAGACACACCAAUACAGAGAGAGGGAGGGUUUUCCUCAAGCUGUUCUCCACCCAUCUUCACUCUCCGGCAGCCCAGCAAAUGAACAUGGCUGUCGUGCUCUCUCUCUUCUUCUCCCUCCUAUGCUUCACCGGUAAGAAUCUUUUUCACAUUGUCUCUUCAUUCUCAAACUAACUCAUAUUCCCCUCCUCUGCAGCUAAGUCUCAAUAGCCCCCCUCCGCCGCCGUCCACGUGGAAGCCCACCACCUCAAGAACGUCUCAGCCAGCGUCCUCGCUGCAGAAUACUGACUGCGAACCUACGUUCUUCCCCACUACCCCUCCACCAACAUCACCACCAUUGUCGUUGGCUGCAACGUGCUAUGCCGCAGAGACCAGCACCACAACUUCGGUUUGCUUCUUCCAGCUGUCAAGAACCUCCACCACUCCCUCACUAGAUGGGCUCUUCACCACCAAAUCAAACCCGCUGCCGCCUUCUCCUCCGACUGUCUGGAUCCACUCUCCGAAUCUUACCGAGAUGACGUGGCACAGACCUACAUCGAACCCUUGCUUACCUUCUUGGAAGGAGUCAAGUCCCCUUAUGUUGUGUAUCCGCCACAACCAGCUUUGGAGAAAUCCCACUCCAACGCCAUGAAAAAUCUUGGGGUUUCUAUGAUUAUGAGCAAUGUUAUAAGGAGACAGCUCUCUCACAUUGAUAUAAGCAAGAGCAAGGUGAAGAAUCCGAAUCCAUUCCCGCCGCGCCCGUCGCCUUCGAUCCCGACAUUCGCUCUGCCUCCGCUGGUGGGAACCAUCCCGCCGCAGCCGAACUACCACGUGCCGGCUCCGUACAUUGCGCCGAUGGCGAGCCCUCCGUACGGGAAGCAUUUGCCCGCGUUCGACCCGGCUCGCUUGGUGGGAGUGGUGCCGGCGCCACUCCCACCACACGCGCGCGUGGCGAAGCCUAGUGUGCCGGCUGAGACGCUGCAGGAGGCGCUGGAUUACUCGUGCGGGGAAGGAGAUGUCAACUGUGAUGCCAUUAAGGAAGAUGGGAACUGCUAUUACCCCGACUCGGUGGUGGCUCAUGCCUCGUAUGCCUUCAAUAGCUACUGGCAGAAGACGAAGGCCAAUGGUGGCACUUGUGGCUUCGGCAGCACGGCUAUGAUCAUCACCUCUGAUCUGAGUUAUGGUCACUGCAGAUUCGCCCUUACCUAGUGAAGUGGAGAUAGAGCUGCGGGUUUCUUCUGUCUUGGAGCUGCAGACUUUUGGUGACAACUUUUGCAGUAUUUAGUUGAAUUAAUUAUCAGUAAUCAUAGAACUUAGGAUUGCUUUGAUAUUCUGUGUGAUAUAUGUGUAAUCUUGUUCUGUACUUGAUUAUUACUACUAUUUAUUAUGUGCUUUAUUUUGCCUCUGUUCA